AGUUCAGAGUGUGCUCUUACGCUGUAAUCCCGGCGUUUUGUUCGCGGGCGACGAAACAAACAAAUCUUCACUACGGCGCUGAUGAAAUCAACUGUAACUCUAGAAGAAGUAGUGAAUAAAUUAGAUCACCUUGCUUCACCGUUAUCAACCAGAAUGCCUAACAUCAAAGUUUUCAGUGGUAGCUCCCAUCCCGAUUUGGCGCAAAAAAUCGUUGACCGUCUCGGAAUUGAUCUUGGCAAAGUGGUAACCAAGAAAUUUAGUAACAUGGAAACGUGUGUGGAGAUUGGUGAAUCUGUGCGAGGGGAAGAUGUUUACAUCGUACAGAGUGGAAGUGGUGAAAUUAACGAUAAUCUAAUGGAGCUACUUAUUAUGAUAAAUGCUUGUAAAAUAGCAUCCGCAUCCCGUGUAACCGCCGUCAUCCCGUGUUUCCCUUACGCUAGACAGGAUAAAAAAGACAAAAGCAGGGCUCCUAUCACUGCCAAACUUGUCGCUAACAUCUUAUCAGUAUCCGGGGCAGAUCAUAUAAUAACAAUGGAUCUUCACGCGUCACAAAUUCAAGGUUUUUUCGAUAUCCCCGUUGAUAACCUUUUCGCGGAGCCGGCUGUAUUGAAGUGGAUUAAAGAAAAUAUUCCUGACUGGAAAACUAGCAUCGUCGUAUCUCCCGAUGCUGGUGGAGCUAAGAGGGUAACAUCGAUUGCAGAUCGCUUAAAUGUUGAGUUUGCUCUUAUCCACAAAGAACGGAAAAAGGCUAAUGAGGUUGCUUCAAUGGUACUGGUAGGUGAUGUAAAGGACAGAAUCGCUAUCUUAGUUGAUGACAUGGCAGAUACCUGUGGAACUAUCUGUCAUGCUGCAGAAAAAUUAAUAGAAGCUGGAGCUACUAAAGUAUAUGCAAUUCUAACUCAUGGCAUUUUCUCUGGUCCUGCAAUUUCUCGUAUCAAUAAUGCCUGCUUAGAAGCUGUGGUUGUGACUAACACUAUACCCCAAGAAAGGCACAUGCAAGACUGCCCUAAAAUUCAAUGUAUUGAUGUGUCGAUGAUGUUAGCAGAAGCUGUUCGGCGUACGCAUAAUGGAGAAUCUGUUUCCUAUCUAUUUUCUAAUGUUCCAUAUUAGUUUAAUCUUUAUUUUCAAUGUUAUUAGAUUAAGGUCUCCAACAUCAGUAAAAGCUGCUUGUCAAUUGACUAUAAUUUUUUAUUGUUAUAAAAAUAUUGUCUGUUUGCUACAAACGCUAAUUCUGAUGAUAGGUUUAUUCAAAGCAAUAAAUCAAAAUGUUGGAGCCAUCAUUUUAGUUUUAGAUAUAAUCUCAUUAAGUUAAUAUAAGAAUAGCAUUGUUUCAUAGUAAUGUCAAUGCAUAAAAUGUUUUUAAAAGAACAUUUUAUUUUAUAAGAAAUAUAUAUUGUUACAAAAUUUUCAUGACAUAAGUAUUUUUCACAUUGUGUAAAUGUAAACCUUACCUGCCAUAAAUAUAAUAGGUAUACUAAACUGUGCAUUUACAUAAAUAUUAGUAUAAUGUGAGCAAUUUUUGUAAAGUAUUUCUGGAUUUCUUUAUAUUUUAUAUACUGAACUAUUGAAAUUCAUCCAGCCUUUACAAAUAUUCACUUAUAUUUUCAGUUAUUUCUUUUUUUUUUUUUUAAUAUUAAAAGACAUGUUUUUGCAUAAUGAAUUAAAAAGAAUGGUAUGUAUCUGUAUAGUUUGUAAAAUUAACUAAAAUAUACACAAUGGCAACUUUAACAUAGCAAAUAUGUGGCCUUUAAUGUUAUAUGUUCUAAAUGAAAUUAGUUGUAGCGAGUAUCUUGUAAUUGGUUUCUAUGUUGUAUGUAAAAAAUUGUAUGAAUGCAAAAACUAUAGAGAAAAAAUAUUUUUUUUGGCAAUUGCUUGUUGCCCUUUUAUUAGUAUAUAUUAAGAUUUUUUUUUCUAAAUUUAUAAAUCUACAAUAACCUAUGUAUAUUUGGUCCAUAAACUAAGACAUUAAUAAAA